CUAGCCUCGUAUUUUCUUCUAGAUUCGGCUUAUGAAUCAGAGAUUGAAAAUCCAAUUCUACCACCAUCGGUCGAAGCCCAUGAAUCCUCAUCAUCUGUUACCUUCAAAAGAGAGCUUUUGCUUCGCCAAUUUCUGACAUGAAUUACGAUCUUAACGAACCGUUUAAUGUCAAUAACUCAUACUAACUACCAUUUCACAUAUGAAAUCAUUCAAUAAAUUUAUUAAAAUCAAUUUUUUGCUUCCACACAUUUGUUUGUUUACCUUGUCGUGCUAAUGAGUUCUAUGAACUUUUUGGCUUUUUAGGUAAAGAAUAGGGUGUCGUGUAUGGACGCAAAUGAGUUGGGACAAGAAUAUUGCAGAGGAAAGUGAAAUUGGGACAGAGCAAGCGAAAGAAAUGGCAUGGCUUUAAGAUGGAGGGAUCGGGUCCCAUGCUUUGGUCCGAGCAAUACUAACUGUCCCCAUUGCCAUUUGCAUCUUCUUCUUCUUCUUCCCUCCCGUCGGUCUUCGAAGACUGCCUUUUCUUCCCUCCUUUUGCUUUUACUCCAUUUGUGAAAUUUGUCUGAGUAAGAAAGAUAUUGACAGUGGAGGGAGAGAAAGAGAAUGGCAGUCGGCAGAGUACCCUCGGUUUCACAAAGAAAGGGUAAAAUAAAUGUACAGUAAACAGACAAAGAAAUAGGAAUUGAAUUUAUAAUUUUCUAUUUUGAAAACAUAUAUUUUUUUUAUUACUUGGGGGGGAUGCUAGCUAGCUUGAGCUUCACAUACCCCUUCGAGUUUUUCAUUUGUCUCUCUCUUUCAUUAUUUCUCUCUUUUGAGAGGAGAGCAAUAAUGGCAGUAUUGGAUUCAGCAUAGUGGAGGAGGGAAUUGCUUCUUUUGUUUUAUUCAGGUGAGGAGGAAGUAAGGAUGAUGGUAAAUCAACUGUGAAGAAAAGCAGUUGUGGGUUCUCCUCCCUUCUUUCCGCCAUGGCCAUGGGCGACAAUUGCUGCUGCAGCUGCUGCUCUUCUUCUUCCUUCUCCUGCUCUCUUUUCUAUUGACUAUGUAGUAAGUUCAGUUCUGUUCUUUCUUCCGAUUUGUCUUCUUACAGUGAUUCCAAUUCUGCUCUAUUCUUCUGGUUCCUUCACUGUUUCCUUCCUUUCUCUCUCGGUUUCAUGUGCAUUGCUGUUCUUUUCACCUCAGUUUGUUUCCUGGAAAAAUUCCCGCCGGAGAGACGAAAGUGAUGGAAAUUCUUUGGUGGGUUUUUCUUGCAAUUCUGCGAAUCCAAUCACCCAUCUACCAGAAAGAAUGGAUCCGUUUCCCUUUUUUGGAGGGGUGGGAUUCUGUUUGUUUCUACUGCUGCAUUGUUUCGUUUCCGGCCAAGGAAAGUCUCAAGCUUUUAGAUCUGGGUUUUCCUUCUUUUUUUUUUCUUUCACUCCCAUUUGAAUUGAAGAUCUAAAUCUGUCAUCUUCUUGUCCUGUCUUUCCGUUUGAGCUCCAAAUCCAAGCUGAAUCUAUUGUCUAUAUCUAUAGCUGAUGAAAUUACUUGUUUCAGAGUUAUAUGAUUAUGAUUCAGGAGAGGCAACUUAUAUUUAAAUUAUUAGCACCAAGAAAUUGUUUCAUUUUAGUUUUCAUCUCUCAACAUUUUGGCAUUGGAAGGUUGGAAGAAGAAUUGGCAUUUGUUUUAUAGAGUGCCUUAGUUGACUCUUAUCUGUCACCUUCUCCUUCACUUCCAGCUAAAUGUCAACUGUCUUAUGCUUAGAAUAUAUAGUCUUCCCCUUCACACCAUGAACUGGCCGGCGCUGGACAGCUUCUUUGUUAAUUCCUAACGUGCUGACAAGUGAUCCAUUUGUGGAAUUGAUGCGCGAGUCCUAGAAUUCGAGCCAUAUUUUUAGGCUCAUUGUAUGUUCUUGAUGUAUGUUUAUGCAGAUUGCAAUCCAGCUAUUAGUUCGAUGUUUGAAUUAUCCUUAAAGAAGAUGAAACUCGGGUCGAAGAAAGGAGGAUGGAAAGCGAUGAUGCCCAUCCGGCUGAGAAGUAAAUCAGCCACACGUUUCUGCUUGUUUCCUAAGCCUAGAACAGCGACUAGCUACGGUCAGGGCAAAUCACCGGUCUAUCUCAAUGUAUACGACUUGACGCCGAUGAAUGGCUACGUCUAUUGGGCUGGUCUCGGCAUCUUCCACUCUGGUGUUGAAGUGCAUGGGGUGGAGUAUGCAUUUGGAGCUCACGACUAUCCGACGAGUGGAGUGUUCGAGGUGGAGCCAAGGCAGUGUCCAGGGUUCAAGUUCAGGAGGUCGAUAUUCGUGGGGACAACUUCUUUAGACCCAAUGCAGGUUCGAGAGUUCAUGGAACAGCACGCGGCGGGCUACCAUGGGGAUACCUACCACUUGAUUGUCAAGAACUGCAAUCAUUUCUGCAAGGAUGUUUGUUACAAGCUCACCGGUAGGCCUAUCCCGAAAUGGGUCAACCGGCUGGCACAAAUAGGUUCUGUCUGCAACUGCGUGCUUCCUGAGUCACUGAAGAUCGAAGCAGUGACCCAUGACCCGAAUGGCGAACUACCAUGCGACAGCGAGAAGAGGAGGCUGAGAAGUGCAUUUAGUUGCUUGUCUUCCAUCUCUAUGCGGCAGAGGCAGCUGUCGAAUUCGUCGUUGAUUCUCCAGUCACCGCUGAGAGGCUGCCUGCCGUGGGAGUUCAAGAGGUCCGUCAGCACUUCAUUGAAGGAGAGGUGAUAUGAGAGCUAGCUUUAACCGAUGUGAUGAUGAAACGAGGGGUUUCCUUCACUGCUUGGUUGGAAAACCUCCAUUGAAGGUGGUAAUGGUGGAGAAUUAGGGCGUGAUGGGGCAUUGAUUCCCCCCUGAUUAGGAUUUGGCUCGGUAUAAAUUGAGUAUUUUUGGUUGAGCUAUCUGAUUAAUUUGCGUGUCUAGCAAAUACCAGCAAAUUUUUGUUUAACUGCGAAGUUCAUAUGGAACCCAGUUUGUGAAGGCUGGCUGGCUGGUUUUAAUAUAUAUAUAUAUGAAUGAUUCAGCUUUGUACAGAGAACUCUGUAGAAAAGAACUCAUGGCUGGCUGGCGCCUGGUUUGACUUGGGGGCAUAUUCUUUCCAAAUGUUUCUUUCUGAAUGAUGAAUGGCUCCUGAUUUUGAUCAUUAUGUUAUGUUUGCAUGAAGUAACAAAGCCUGCGGCAAGGU